AUGUCCUCUGUCGCCGCUAACCGCGUCUCGGUUAUCAUGAACCACCUCUCGAGCAGUGCCUCCCAUCCCGCCGGUCUCUUGGCCGGUCAGGUCGCCAUCGUCACCGGUGCUGGCCAGGGUAUCGGUGGUGCCACUGCUCUGCUCUUCGCCAAGGAGGGUGCCUCCGUCGUUGUCAGCGAUCUCGAUGAUGUCAAGGGCAAGGAUAUUGCCAAGCAGAUCACCGAUGCCGGUGGAAAGGCCAUCGCCGUCUCUGGCGAUGUCACCGACUUGGCCUUCCCUGAGCGUCUCAUUGAGGAGACCAUCAAGGCUUUCGGCAAGAUCAACAUUCUCGUCAACAACGCCGGCUUCACCUUUGACGGUAUGCUCCACAAGACGACCGAUAAGCAGUUCCAGUUGAUGCUCGAGGUCCACAACGCCGCUCCUUUCCGCAUCAUCCGCGCUGCUGCCAAGUACAUGCGCGUCAAGGAUGGCGAGCCCCGCUCCAUCGUCAACGUGUCCUCGACCUCUGGUCUCCACGGAAACGUCGGCCAGGCCAACUACGCGACUGCCAAGGCCGGUAUCAUUGGUCUGACCAAGACUGUGGCCAAGGAGUGGGGUCCCCUCGGAGUCCGCUGCAACACUGUGGCCUUUGGUUAUGUCGACACCCGUUUGACCCGUGCGAAGGAGAACGGCGAGACGAUGGUUGUGAAUGGACAGAAGAUCGCUCUUGGAAUCCCCAUGGGCGCCAAGAAGGAGGCUCCUCCUCCAGCUGUUGUCUUUGCUGACACGCCCUUGAAGCGCGCUGGUCAGGUCGAGGAGGCAGCUGGCUCGGUCUUGUUGCUGUGCAGUCCUUUUGCUUCCUACAUUACUGGACACACCCUCGAGGUCACUGGUGGCAAGGGCAUCUAA